UGGGGAGAGUUUUACCAGUUGUGUGAUGCAUAAAAUACGGUUGCUAAGAUAUUUUCAAUUGGGUAUUAAGUAGUUGAUAUGAGUUCUUCAGAGUUAUAUAUAGUCUUUCUUUUUAGACAAAUCUACUCAUCUUCAAAUUCUCAGUAAAAAUGUGCAAUCAACAUAAAUAAGUUCCCAGAUAUAUUCAAGGAAUUCUUCUAUUUGCUGUCAUUGACUUUUGCCUACAGGAAGCUAUUCGGUUCUCUGGAGUUUACCGGUUUUCAGGUCCGAUUAAAUAUUGAUUGAUUUUGCAUAGCAAAAAUCUUAGAAAGAAUGAAUCAACUUUACUUUAUGUUUUCCAUUUUUCUUUUACUUUUUUUCUACUCAAAUUUUUUUUUUAUUUGUUCGUCAAUUCCUGACCACACUAAAAAUAUUUCAAGCAACAUCAAUGCAGAAACAAACUCAACAUUUUUGGAUGAAAAAAUUCCCAUUUGCCUGAAUAACCUGCUCAAUAAACAAAAAGACGAAGAUUUCAACAUUCCAAGGACACUAUACAAUACCAGUUUGCUGGCUUCCAGAAAACAUAGUCGGUACUCUUGCCGAUUAUUAAAAUACAGCGUUAAACGCGCAGUGGCCUGUCUAGAUAUUCUGAAUAAAGAACAGGAGUUAUUUAAAAACCAUUUUUCAAAUAAUCCUAAAGAGUUGCACUUUGUUUUCAUGGGUGAUUCAAGAAUACGACAGCAGUUUUUUAACUUUCUGCGGCUUAUCCCUGACUAUGACCAAAAAACACAGCCCGAUCCAAUGCCAUUUUAUAUUCACGAGGAUAUGGAUUUUACCAGUGCCAUGCUUAGGCUGCGUGUAUCAUUUAAAUGGCGACCCCUAAUAAACAAAAAUGUCACCGACACGAUAAGACAGUGGACUAAAUCCCCACUAUUGAAUCAGCCGGAUUGGAUUUUAUUAAGUAUGGAAGUUCAUCACAUGCUGAAAUCUAAUGGAGCGGACUACAAUCGUUACUUACACGAGCUUAUAGAAUUAAGCUCAGUUUUAGGGGAGUUUGCUAAACAUAGCCAAGUAAUUUGGCUGAAUCAAUACCCUACAAUAGACCCAGCACAUUGGGACGUUUUUUCUGAAAAAAUCCAUCGCUACAAUGAAGGAAUCCGGAGUUAUCUUAAUAUGUACAGUAAUGUCCGGAUUUGGGAUUCAAGUAAUAUUUUUGUGGAAGAAUACGUUCGAAGCUGUGCUGUUUUUUCCGAACGAGAAACUUCAGGAGAAUUUUCUCUUCAAUAUAUUUCUUGCAGAGACUAUAUACAUACUGGUUAUUCAGCUCUUUCAGAGGCUACUCAACUGCUUUUCAAUGAAAUUUGCAACCCAUCCUCCCAAUCUUCUUAAAUAGCGGACAAACUUCAUACCUAAAAGACCCUUCUGUCUCUCGUUGGUCGACAAAAGUUUCGCAUUGUUAUUUUUUUAUAAUUAUUAUUGUUACUGUGUUUAAGUGGAAUGUUUCGACUUAUUUUUCUGUCAAUUACUUUUACCAAAUACACCUUAUGUGUCCGUGCCUCUCCACUUAUGGCCUAAGUGUGGUCCAAAAACCACACUCUCACAAAUGGGCAAAAAAGUGUGGCAAUUCAUAAGUGGAUAAGAAAUAAGUGUGCAUUAUUUGUGAAAAAAGAUUACACCCUCCAAAAUAUUGAGCACCAUUCUCCCGCAUUCCAGUAGGCUGUUCUUCCACUGGACUAUUCUAGAUUACUUUUACCCUUACUUAUAUGUUUUUGAACACUCAUAAUAUACACGAUA